AUGCCGCUACAAGCUUCUCCACCGAGCGACAUCUUCUCGCUCCACUCGUCGCUCUUAAGCCUAGUUCGUCUGGUGGUCUGGAUUCGCCGAUUUCGCCACAAUGCCCAGAGAGCUAACCGAACUUCCAGGAAGUUCGGGUACAUCGGAACGCAGGAGUAUGAAGAUGCACUCAAGGACUUGGUUCGACUGUCGCAAAAGGAAUGCUUCCCGCAGGAGAUAGCAAGUUUGUCCCGGGAGGUGCAGGUUCAAGAUUCGACCAGGAUAUCAUCGUUGAAUCCUCAGCUCCAUGAGGGCAUCGUUCGCAUUGGCGGUCGGCUGCAGAAUGCGCCGGUUUCGGAGAGUCGCCAUCCUCUCGCUACACUGGUAAUUCGGCAUUACCACUUGAAGAUGCUUCACUCCGGGCAACAAGUUCUGAUCGCAAGCAUACGAGAAAGGUUUUGGAUCACGAACAUCCGCAACAUUGCACGACGAAUCCUGCACGAAUGCAUCACCUGCUUUCGAAACAAUCCCCGAUGUCAACAACAGUUGAUGGCCGAGCUUCCACCGGAAAGAGUAACUCCAGCACCACCAUUCAUGAAGGUGGGUGUGGAUUACUGCGGCUCGUUCUUGGUCACCUAUCCACAACGUCGUAGUCCUCCCGUGAAGUGCUAUAUUUCUGUAUUCGUGUGCCUCGUCACCAAGGCAGUACACAUUGAACUUGUCGCUGAUCUCACCACGAAAGUAUUUCUAGCAGCACUGAAACGCUUCACCGCUCGUCGUGGACGUCCAGCGUUGAUUGCGCUUUGA